AUGCCGCCGCAUACUACUGAUCUCUUAAUUAUCGGCGCAGGCCCGGCAGGUCUGAUGGCCGCCUGCUGGGCCUCGCAUUACAACAUGUCCACGCGCAUCAUCGAUCAGAAGAGCGGCCGAACGACCACCGGUCAUGCAGAUGGAAUCCAUAGUCGUACAUUAGAGAUCUUUAAUAGCUUCGGCCUGGUUGAUCCCAUCAUCCGCCAGGGUGUGCCUGAUGUGGAAAUGUGCUAUUGGGGCCCGAAUAAAGACACCGGGAAAAUUGAGCGGCGAAAACGGCUGCGCUCACAAUCGGACAGUCUUUCCCAGUAUGGCCAGAUGCUGUUCAACCAGGGCGGAAUCGAACAGAUACUGCUUGAUUAUCUCUCAAAGACGGAUCGUAUAGCCGUGGAGUGGAACACUCGAGCAGAAACGUUGACUGUCAGUCCUGGAAAUAGCGACGGCGAUGACGACUUUCCGGUAGCAGUGGGAGUCUCAAAAACCACCAGCCAGAAUGAUAGAACCCAACAGACAGAGACAAUUCACGCUCGUUAUGUGAUUGCGUGUGAUGGCGCCCAAAGUUGUACUAGAACUCAGCUCGACGUCCCCAUGGAAAGCCAUCCGGAGCAUUCUACCUGGGGAGUCAUAGACAUCGUUCCAAUCACUGAUUUCCCCGACAUUCGCCAGUCCUGCGCAAUCCAGUGUCCUGGUCAUGGCAGCAUCAUGACAGCACCGCGGGAAAAUCGCCUGGUCCGAUUCUACAUCCAGGUCAAGGGCGAUGAGGAGCUCGAGAAAAUGGCACAGAACCGCUCAGAGGAUACGCCCAGAGCACUCAUUAAGGCUGCAGAAAGGUGGAUCAGUCCGUACAAACUAUCAUACAAGCAUUGCGAUUGGUGGUCGAUAUAUCCGGAUCAAGGACAGGUAAGGAAUUCUGGAACACAUCUCAGUCAGCUUGCUCACAAAUGUAGAAUCUUCCUUGCUGGUGAUGCCGCUCACACCCACUCGCCCAAAGCGGGUCAAGGCAUGAAUGUGUCGAUGCAAGAUACCUACAAUCUCGUCUGGAAGCUCGGAUCAGUCAUCACCGGAGUGGCGGACCCCAUCAUUCUAGACACAUACAAGUCCGAACGACGACCGGUCGCCGAAGAACUCAUGAAGAUGGACUCCGUUCUCGUACAUGCAUAUGAGCAGGAGGCCAAGGACGCGGAAGGAGUCGAUCAGGUUCGAGAUGAGUAUUCUGGCUUCAUGGCUGGUGUGAAAAUCACAUAUGCUCCAAACAUGCUCGUUGCCAGCAACGAGAAGAGCGGAGACAGAGCGUUGGCGAAGAAUAUCGCGGUUGGCAUGCGUUUACCGUCGUUCCCGGUGGUCAACCAAGCCGACGGAUCGACCGUCCCCCUGUUGAACGUCCUGCCGAGUAACGGCUGCUGGAGACUGAUUGUUUUCUCUGGCGACUUGCGACGGCCGAGCGUGUGCGAACGACUCACUUCGUUUGCUGAGAGCUUCACUCUACACUCCCACUUGGCUCAUCAGCACCAGACUGGGAACUCACGAAGGCGCGGUCCUCCACUUGAAACCCUCCUGGUUCAUGCAAGUUCGAGGACGAGCAUCAACCUCCUAGAUCUCCCGGAUCUCUUUCAUCCAUUUGAUGACGAGUUGGGGUGGGACUACUGGAAGACAUUUGCCGAUGAUGAUGCAUAUGAUCCAGAGUCGGGAAAAGCGUACGCGGGCUAUGGCAUCGAUAGGGACCUAGGUUGUUUGGUUCUGUGUCGGCCAGAUCAACAUGUGGGGUGGAUAGGAAGUCUAGACGAGAUAGCAGGCUUAGACAACUACUUCUCGGAGUUCUCACGGCAGUAG